AUGUCGAUGGAUGACGAAGCUGCUCAUGAACUAUUUCAAAUUUCAUGGGAAAAAUGUGAGGAUAUUCGAUGUUGUCGUUCGCUUCUGCAGGAAUGUUUAACCGUUCUCGCAGUAAGGCAAAAAUGUGAAGAAAUUCGAUGUGCUGGUUAUCUUGUGCUAGGAUACUUCAUCGAUCUAGAAAUUUGGGAGAAAUUUGAGGAAAUUAGAUGUUCCGGUUCACUUGUGCUAGAGUGCUUCAUCGUUCUAGAAAAGAGGGGAAAAUAUGAGGAAAUUCGAUGUUCUGCUUCGCUUGUGCUAGAAUGCUUCAUCCAUCUAGAAAGUAUAUAG